AUGGAAUCAUAUGUCGCACGAGAUCCAUACUUUGAUCGAUUCACCGGUAGAACGCAAAUUCCACACAGAGUUAAAGAAACUAUUCAAAUGGAUGUGAAAACCGGCGAAAGGCUUGGGAAUUGUGCCCGUAUGCAUUACAGUUUGUUAAAAGCGUUCAUGAAUCGAGUAGGGGAAUGUGGUCUGAUGAACGUGAAAGAUCCACCGAAGCACAUGCUCAUCAUGUCGGACUCGCACGUCAACGCUACUGGCGGAUCUCAUAAGCUCAACACUGGAUUUCACAUCCCACUCGUCGGUUUCGGAACCUACAAAGUCGUUGGAGACGAUGUGAUGACAGCAAUCGAUGCUGCUCUCACUGCUGGCUAUCGGAUGUUCGAUACAGCCAAAUAUUACAAUAAUGAGAAGGAGUUGGGAGAAGCAAUCAAGGUUCUGCUUCCGAAGCAUGGAUUAACUCGCUCCGAUAUUUUCCUCACCACAAAGUUCUUCCCUGAAAGGGAUGACUGUCGAAAGGCUUGCGAAAAUUUCGUCGAGGAAUCGCUGAAGAAUCUUAACACCAAUUACAUUGAUAUGUACUUGGUUCACUAUCCAAAACCAAAUGUUUGUGAUAAUGACGAUGAGAAGAAUGCAGAAUAUCGGAAAGUCGCAUAUCAAGUAUUGGAAGAAGCUCAAGCCGCUGGCAAGAUUCGGUCGGUCGGAGUCUCCAACUACGAAAUCAAGCAUCUCGAAGAGCUGAAAACUCAUGCCAAAGUUCCACCGUGUGCCAAUCAAGUCGAAUAUCAUCCACAUUUCGUUCGUAAGGAGCUUCACGACUACUGCAAAAUGGAAAAUAUCUUCUUCCAGGCGUUCUCUUCACUCGCCCGACACGAGAAAGCUCUCAUUGAAGACCCAGUUGUCGUUGAAUUGGCCAAGAAGCAUCAAACGACUGUACCGCUAGUUCUCCUCGCAUGGGCUCUUCGUCAGGACGUCGGAAUCGUUCCAAAAUCCGUGACACCGGCGAGAAUCGCUGAGAAUUUCAAAGUUAUCGAUGUCAAACUAUCUCCAGAAGACAUCAAAUCGUUGGCUGCCCUUGACAAGGGUCAGCAUUAUAUUCGAUGCACCGGGUGGCUUGUGAAAUAA